AUGAGAGUACAUCAAAUAAUAACUGGUUCUUGCAAUGGUGACUACUCACAUAUCGCACAAACAAAAGUUCGGGGUUCUAACUACAUUGUUUAUGCUAGUGGAUGUGAUGUGGUUAUUCUGAAUGAGGCUUUUUGCCGUAGCCAAGUGAUUUCAGGUCGUGAACUAGGAAAUUCUGUAGUUACAUCUGUUGCUUUUAAUCAUCAAGAUGGAAAGAUUGCUGUGGCGAAUGCUGAUGGAAUAUACAUUUACGUUCCACAGGAAACAGUAGAAGGUUUAUUGACUAGCUCAUCAAAACUACUUUGGACUUUUUCUGUUCAUUUAACACUACCAUGUAAAGUGGAAGUGAUUUGUCUUUGUUGGUCACAUAGACCAUCUUUCCAGUCUCCAAAUUGUGUCUUGUUAGCUGGUCUUGAAAAUGGAAACAUUUUUAUGUGGAGAUCAAAUGAAUUGAAGAGUAUAUCAAGUGUCACUCCUCGUUUUCAUAUUGGAAAUGAUUUAAUUGGUUUAGAAGGUGAUAAUAAAGACCCGGAGCCUGUCUUACAAGGAUCUACACCAGAUUCAAAAUCAAAGUGGAAGAUUGUUUGGUAUCACCAAUUAAAAGGUACUCCAUUACAAAUUGAUUUCAGUACAGAUGGUUUGUAUUUCGCUAGUAUUACUCAGUACAAAGAUAAAAAUAAUCAUUGUAAUAGGAGUAAUGUGAUACAUAUCUGGUUUCAUGAUCCUUAUUUUGAAAUGAGUCAAUUGAAGCAGAAUUAUAAUGAACAUUUACGAAUAACAGAGAAUUGGGAAUCAAUUCUUUUACCUCAUCCGUGUAAUGUUUACUCAUUUAGUUGGCGGCGUACCAGUCGAUAUCUUCCUAGCGGUUGGAUACCGAAUGCAUUGCUAACUGCUGGUGAAGAUAAUUUAUGUCGUGUAUGGGUAGAAGUAACUCAUCCUUCAUCUCAUCAUUCUUCUCUAUCGACUGAUGGUGGUAAUCCAUCGUUGUUUAAACCAACAACUAAAAGUGAUUCAGAGACUCAAGAUUUAAAUACAAUAGUGUCUAACGUUAAAUUACGUUUACCUUUGAAUUCAAUACCUACGGAACUUAAACAUAAAGUCAAUUGUGAGUUGAACAAAGAAGUGAAGACUGAUUUACUUGACGGAAAGUAUGAAUUAUCAUCAUCCAAUGAUUAUAUCACCUUAGAAUUACCAGAGUGUUUUCUAAGACAUCCCUUGUUAAGACAUUUUCUAGAUCUGUGGUUAACUGAUCCUUUAACAAGAGUUGAAGUGGACUACAUGUCAACAUUUCCUAAAAGUGAAGUUAAUUCAAAUGGUAUAAAGUUGAAUUUAGCUCAAAAUUUCUCCUUUCCACAAUUUACAUUCACUACUGCUUUGCCAUUGGAUAAUUUUCCUGAAAUUAGUACAGUUAAUAAUAGUUCUCAGAUUGGUCAAUUUACUGCUCACUGGUUCAACAAUAAAGAAUAUCGUUUCAACACUCAAUUAGAAUCAUUUAUGAUGGAUACAAUAUCACGUAUUUUAGCUAUACCUGUGCAUAUUUCUUGUGAGAAUACAUCACCUUCAUCGUUGAAUGUCAGUAUUACACCUCCUGAAUUGUUAGACCAAAUAGCAUUAAUGGAUCAAAUUGUUUUAAGACUGUUUAGUGAAUUACAACAUUCACCAGAUGUUGUAUUUGCUAUACAUCCUCUUGAUGGAAGUUUCAUUGUUUGGUAUAUACACGGCUUAGAUGUAUCUGUCCCAAAUCCAAAAGGACUACGUACGCAUAAAGUUUUAGUUCCUCAUGAAUCUGGUCGUGAUACAAAGUUUGGCUGUGAAUCAGCAUUUACACUUAUCCCUAAUAUGGGAAAUCGUUUAACUCAAGUCACUUGCAGUGUAAGAUCACGUCUACAUCAAGCUAUUCCAUUAGAUGCAGCUUACUCUAUUUCAUCUAGACUAUUUACCUAUUUAACAAUGGAUAGUUUAAAACGCAAAAUGAAUCAUCUUCAACAAAGCAAUAAUUUACAAAUUGUUCCCGACAAUACUACUACUACUAACAAUAAUGUUAGUAGUAUUCAUCGGAAUGAAAAUGCUAAAUCCUUAUCAACAAUAAAUUACCAAGACAACUUAGACAUAUUUUGUCAUUUAUUCCUUCUAAAGUAUUCAAUCAACCAAGUUUUAACACAAUUUUCAAAGCAGUCAAUCAGAACUGCUAACAAUAUUAAAAUGCUUGAUCAGCUGAAACAACGACAAUUGAAACCGAUGUUAUCUUUUUUAGCUGAAAUUCAAUUGAACUCAACAACUUUUGCAUCACGAAUUCAAAAUUCUUCACAUAUUGCUAUGAUUACAAUGCAUACAAAUGGUUCAUUACGAUAUUGGCGGAUAGAUGUUUCAGAAUAUAGUCAUUAUCAGUGGAUUGUAGGUAUAUCUGGAUGUUCACGUCUUAGUGGACAUCGGUUUCAUACUAGCACAAUUGUACCACAUCCUCUAUUGCCUCUUGCUUUAACCACUUCACAUUAUGAAUGUCGUUUAAGAAAGUCAAAAUAUUCAACUGAUAACAAUCAAUAUCAUGUUAUAAACUAUAAUGAAAUUAUCCUAUGGUAUGUUUCUUCAGUUGGUGCCUUGACAACUGGUUAUACAUCAUCUGUACUAUCUAACAGUCAAUCUUGUUGUUCAAAGCAUUCAAAAGAUUUAUAUAUUCAUCAAUUACUAAGCAAUACAUGUCAAACAUCAACUAAUACCGCCAUUUAUGAUAAAGAUGAUGAUCAGUUCACCUCAGAAAUUAUCAAAUCUUAUUAUAUGUCAACUACUGACAUCAGUACAUCGGGUAAUAUCACAUCACAUGGUGGAAUAUCUGAAGUGGCUAGAUUAAAUUUCUCCAAUACAUCCAAUACAUCUUUAACAUUUAAGCAUAUUGCAUGGUUUCCGUGUAUGCUGACAACAAUGGCUACAAUAUAUCCUGUAGCAUUAUUUGUUGCAUCGUUGGACACUACUACUGAAAUUCAUAGUAGUAGUAGUAGUAGUGCUGAUGAUGAAAACGGUAGCGAUCAACUAGGCUUAUUUCUAACCUUUUCAAAAUUUAAACAUAUUUAUAGCGAUACUACUGCUGACUACUACUACUAUCAAUUGAAAGAUUACCAAUCCUACAACGCAGAAACUUUAUUGUUACAUGUGUUCCCUAGUGAAUUAAUAAUUAUGAAAUCAGAGGAUUGUCUAUUGAAGACAAAUCGUAUGUCUGUUGUUCUACAUAAUGAUAAUGUAAUUGAAAAUUGUGAUAUACUUGGAUUGUCAACAUUUUUAAUUGUACGCAUGACUCGUUACACGUUGAUUACAGAAGAGAAUUCGUUAUCAAUUAAUAAGUCUGAUUUCUGUCGAAUGGAAAUGUGGCGUGUACGUGUGUCAACCGAUGCCAAAUCUUGUAGUUCUGAUGGGAAUUCAUUCAAGCAUUUCACUACUACUGGUAAAGCUCAACAGCUUCCUGAUAAUUUUACUAAAUUUAACAACUUAAUAACAGAUGCUGUUAAGGUUUGUGAUUGUAAACUUCAUCUACCAUUGGGUGUAUCAAUAAUCUGUGCUCAAGUAUCAGCAGCUCAUGUUAGUUGGGCAGCUUUGUCAACAUUCAAUGCUCCACCACCAUACUUGAUUGUAUCCGCCUGUUCAGAUGGUUGUCUACGAUUUUGGAGAUGUUACGAAUGUGAUACAACCACUUAUUCACCAUCUAAGAAAUUUAACAACAAAUGUUUGAAUCAAUUUACCUGGGAUGAAUGGCAAAUGCCAUUAAUGGAAUCGAUGUCGAGUUGUAUUGAAUUACAACUAAAUACUACUAAAAAUGAUUCGGUAAUAAGUAGUAACAUUGAAUUGAUGAAACCAAUUAUUUUGGAUAUGGAUUGUGCAUAUAGUGGUCGUUUAGCUGUGGCGUACACUUCACCGUCAUUAUUCACUUCAUCUAAUGCAAAUGAACAGCUGGAGUAUAAUGUCAUUAGAAAUAAAGCUGAUAUGCCAAUAUAUGUGACAAUUUAUGAAUGCGAAUCUAGUGGUGGAUGUGAAUGGAUUCUAGAAGAUACAAUUGAGUUUACCUCUAAAUUUUUACUUCAUAACGAUACUCAUAAGUUAUCUCUUCAAUUGGAUUGGGUUAACACAGAAGAUGGUGGUCAUUUAUUAUCAGUAAUUAUAGAUUCAGAGAUAUUUAUUUUUGCUCCAAUCUGUCAAAAUGUCAAUUUAACACAUAAUAAACUACGUGGACAUUUAUAUCAGCCUACACUUAUGACUACACUUGGUGAAGUAUACAUCGGUUGGAAACUGAUUGCAUGUACGCAUAUUAUAACUGCCAAUUUUCCAACAUCUUCAUCUUCAUUAAUUUUGAAUGAAUCGAAUCCAGUAAAGUUCAGCCAACAACAACAACAAUCCUAUUGGUUGCAUUCAUCGAAUAAAAAGGAUACUAAUCUUGAAUCGCAUCAUGACAAUGCUUAUAUCACUAAUACUACCACUACUACUACUACGUCAACAUCAAUGUCAAAUAGGAAUGGUUCAUUUGAUACUACUGUUGAUGUUACAGAUUCAACAGUAUCUGGAUGCGCUAGUAUGUCAGUGGCACGUUUAGCUAAAGUCUAUUCUGCAUGUGCAUUAAAAUCAUCUCCUUCAAAAUCAAUGUUACAUAUGGAUAGUCAAACAAAUUUAUCUAACUUUGUUCAUACUAGUAAUCUUGUAAAUGGUAAUCAGAAGAAAUCAACUAUAACUGAUGCCAAAGAUCAUCAUCAUCAUCAUCAUCAUUGUCAGAUGUCUGGAGAAAUGAGUCAAAUUGAUCUAAGCUGUACCAUGGGUGGAUUGGAUGUUAAAUCGAAUGAACAAAUACUUAAAGAUGUUGAACUUUUGUCUAAUCUAGGAUUAUUUGAAUCUAUUCAGAUUGUUAAUCCAGUACUUCCACAAUUUCAUCCUCGUCAGUUAUUGGAAUGGAUGAAUUUAGGUCGUUUACGUCGUAUCAAAGCUAUAUUAGCACACUUGAAUAGAUGUUUAUCUGCACUCGGUUCAACAUCAUCAUCAUCAGCUCAACACGGAAGAAGGUCAUCGAUAAGUCAUCGUAGAAUGACAAAGGCUAAUUUAAACUCUGAAUUAACAAAUUUUGCCAUGGAUUCAUUCAAUACAACAACAACAACAAUACCAACCGGAAAGACAUCAACUACUGUCACAUCACAAUCGCAUACAUCUUAUUCUUCAAGAAAUCUUUUAGAAGCUGAAGCUAUACCACCACUUCCAUUGUAUAUUCUUUUAGCUGUUGAUUCCUUACAAAUGUCAGAUGUCAAUGCAGAUAUCGAGUCAAGUAAACAUUUCGAUCCUAUAAAUGAAUGGUCUGAAAUUGGAUCCAUUGAUGAAUCAAAGAUUUUUGAGAUACAAGAUGAUGAUUUUAAUCGGAACCUUGAUGAAGAGGUUGAUGAAGGCGAUUCAUCAAGAAAUUUCAAGCAAUCUAAACACCAAUCACUACUGAAUCAUUCGACGGAGAAAAUAACACAACUGUAUGGUUUUAGUAUAUGGUCAUUAAAACCGGCAGCAUUAGCUCGAAGUAUUCAAUUCUCUGAAGAAGAUGCUCGUUCACUUGCUGAUCAUUUAUCUACACGUCAACUGCCUGGUCUUUCACCAUUGGAUCAAAUGUAUUUACUUGGUAUAGCUGAUUUAAUGGCUAAAACACAUUCAGAUAUUACUGAUUGUUUAUCAGAAGCUAGUGGAACACAUUCAUCUUAUGAUAAUAAACACUAUCCAUUACUAACAAAACAAGCAUCAAUUAAAGAUGGUUCAAAACAAGGUUUGGAUGAAUGUGGUCUUCGAUUUCUUCUAACUGUUCAACUUUACUCGUAUUUAAGUAAAACACUACCACCUGGACGUCGAGCUCAAUUACUUGCAUCUGGUUUAACUACUUCCAGUUUAGUAUGGGCUUAUCAUUCUGACUCGGAAGAGGAGCUUCUAUCAUGUUUACCAAUUGUUACCAAUCCAUCGAUAGGUAUUAACAAUGAUACUUCAGAGUUGAAUUGGCCUGAUUUUAAAAGAUAUGGUUGUGGUUGGUGGAUAAGAAGUGAAAGUCUACUUAUUCGUUGUGCUGAAAAGAUGGCUCGUACAGCAUUUCAAUCAACUAAGGAUCCAAUGGAAGCAGCCGUAUUUUAUCUAGCAAUGCAUAAAGCUAAAAUGGUAGCUGCGUUGUUCAAAACUACUGGGAAUAAGACAUUGGAGAAUUUUUUCCGAUUAGAUUUCACAUCUGGUCAACCAGCAUGUCGACAAGCAAAACUGAAUGCAUUUCGUCUUUUAAGUCAGCAUAAAUAUCUUCAAGCUGCUGGAUUAUUUUUAUUAGCUGGAUGUUUAGAUGAUGCUAUACGUGUUUGUUUAGAUACAUUGAAGGAUUUACAAUUGGGUAUUUUACUAGUCAGGUUGUAUACAUCAUCAGCUCAAGGGAUAUCAGGUCAUAUAACAACAUCUGCAUACCAUGACUUCUUAAGAAAAUAUCUUGUUCAACAUGAAGAUCCAUUCCUAAGAAGUAUGGCCUUCUGGAGUCUGGGUGAUCCUUUAGCUGCUUUGCAGACUUUACUGGAAGGACCUGGAAUUUCUGCUAGUCCAGUGGAUUCAAUCGGUUCUACAAGGAAAGAUAGUGUAACUCAGUCAAUUCAACAGAGUCCACAACAUCCUCGACAUUUAAGCGGUAAUGAGUAUUGUCUUCCUGGUUCAUCUACCACUUCAGUGUGUCCAAGUGUCUUCAAAUUUUACACAUAUCUACAAUCACAUCCAUUGGUACUACGACAACAGCGUAUUCAAGCUUCAACUUCAAUUGAUUCAUCUGCUAUAUAUCGUGUUAAAAGUUUGGAGAGACGCUUAUAUUUUCGAACUGCUCAUCAUUACUUUGUUCUUGGAUGUCCAACGUUAGCGCUUGAAGUACUCACUAAACUACCACCUCUUGAAGUAAUCACUUCAUCAAUUACUGAUAUGCGAAGAAUGUCAGGUGCUGAUACUAUAACCACGUCCAGGCGUCAGUCUGAACUGUUGACAGGAUAUGUUCAGCCAGUAAUGGAGAAGAAGCAGAGUAUUCCAAGUGGAAAUGAUAGUAAUCUUUUCACGUUGUCUUACGAUGAUCCUUUCCAAGAAUAUACAACAUCUAAAGAUGAGUUUACUAUUCAGUGGAGUGAUGAUGAAGAUGUUAAACCGAACGAUGAACAUCUUGUUGAUAAUGAGCCAAGAAGUAAUGACAUACCUGUGAAUCGGAAAUUAUCUCAACAACAACCAUCAUUUCAGUCAGUUAAUGAUUUCAGCUUUGAAGGUCAAGGGGUUGUCGACUUGAUUGCCAAUCAACUGAAGUUUAUUGCUUGUUUAAAAAUUCUUGCUGAAGAAUUGAGUACCUUAGCAGCUGGAGCUGAAUCUGAAGGUGUUUCUCUUCGUCAACAUGUAUGGCAAUGGCUUGAAAAUGAAUUAGCUGUCGUCAAUUCACUUACUGGUUUGAGUAAAUUUAAUCCUUCUGAGUUAAAUGAUGAAAGAAGCAUUGAGAAUACAUUGAGAUAUCCUGCUGAAAAUUCAGAAUUCUCUGGUCCAUUAACUACAACUUCUUAUCUAUUGACAACUAAAACUGCUGGUUCGGUUCUAGCUGGUAUCUUUAUGAGUCUGUCGAGUGUUUCAUUAGAAAUUCGAGAUGCUGAAUUGAAAAGAUUAAAAACACGUUAUGAUUGGAUAAAAGCUCAUGAAACUUUUCUAUCAUCAUUAAUCAAUUUCUGUGAUUUAUACGGUUCAAGUGGUAUACGAUUACCUGCAGUUCGAAUUGAAUUAUCAUUGUUACUCAGUGAAUUGUACACCUCAACAUAUUUAUUUACAAAUCAAUCAACACUACAUAACUCCACUUUUAAAUCGGAUAGUAAUCUUUUAGCAUAUGGUAAUACUAGUGGUUGUCAUUUACCGGAUUCUUGUUGGCCUAUAUCAACUAUGGCAUUAAUUGAUGGUAUACCGUUAUUGCGUACUGUAAUGCGUUUAUCUCCUGGAGCAUUACUUUUACCGCAUUCAGUUAAACGUAUUAAACAUAUGGUUCAUGAUUUGAUCACCUGUUUAGAAUUAUUACCACCACCAUUUUUAGUUAAUCUUCUAUUACCCUAUCCAGUUCAUCAACAUCAAUACAACAAUAGAAGAACAAAAUCAUAUAAUUCAACUUCAUCAUCUAACUCUUAUUGUCCUGAUUGUAUUUUGGCACCAACAGGAGAUCGUCAUCGUAGAAUAUUUUUAUUGCGUAAUUUAUGCGCUGCUUUAUCUGCAUGUAUACAUCAAUGCUUAUCUGUUGGUGGUUGGCUUGGUCUUGGUUAUGUAAUCGAUGAAAAUUCUAUAACUAAUUCAUCGUUAACUAAAGUAUUCGCUUUACCCGCUACAAGUACAAUAAAUAUUCGUUCAGUUGAUCGUUUAUGUGUAUCUGGUCAAACAUUUAGACCGAAUACGGAACCAGCUAAAUGGCCUGGUCUUACAUGCUUGAAAAAUUACACUGAUCCACUUACAAAUAAUAAACCUAUGCAUACCAGCCAACUAAGUCGUAUAACAUCAGCACAAAGUCUAUCAGAUCGUGAAUCAUUAUCAUCUACAUUAAUUCAAUGUGUAGAUCGUCGUCGAUUAAUUGGAUUAUUAGCUCAAGCUUUAGCUGCAUCUUAUUUUGGUUUACUUGUCUAUGCUUUAUAUACACGUGAUGCAUGUACACUUUAUCGUUUAGCUUGUACACAUUUAGAUGCUAAAAUAUGGAGUCGUGUAUUCGGUGGAACAUAUCGAGCUAAACCAUUUCGACCACCUACACAACCUGGUAUAGGUGUUACAUUCAAUAUAAAUUCAGAGAAAAAAAUUCCUCCACCAAAACCACCUAUUCGACCAAAACGAUCAACUGAAGUCUCUACUAAUGAAGAGAGAUCACAAUCAAAAAGUCCAGAGAAGACUGUUAUGCGAGCUAGAGAUCGUGCAGUUGCAGCUCUUGAAGUUGCAUCUAAAAUUGGCAGUCCACCAAAAUAUUCUGUAUUAACUAAUGAAUGGUUUAUAUUUGCUCAAUCUUCUAUACUAUCUUGCCUAAUUGAACGUCCUCCAAUACAAACUGAUUUAAUUGAUGAUCCAAGUCAAAUAUUCGAUUCAGAUACUGAUAGUGAGUCAUUUACAACUAGUGAAUAUAAUACGUUUGAAAAAGCAUUAGUAAAACAACAACGUCGUAUUCAUCGUAUUCAACGAUUUAUUAAACAUUCACAUAUAGUAAAACAGCGUAAAAAUGUUCAACAUCGAGUGAAACAUUCAUUACAUUAUCGAUUAACUGGACAAUUUAUGAAGAAUAAUCCUGUUGAUAAUACUGAAGAUGAUGAUGAUAGUAGUGGUAGUGGUAGUGGUGAUGUCGAUGAUCACUCUGAUAAUAAUAAUACUGAUAACAAUAGUGUUAAUAAUGAAAUGGAUAAGAAUGACUUUAGCUAUCAUCAAGAAAAUAAUUAUAAUACUAAAUUAUAUUCAGAAGGAAAAAAUGAAUCUUCUUCUUCUUCUUCUUCGUCUACUGCUGCUAACAUCUCUGCUAUAAAUUUAUCCAAUUUACAACCACAAUGGAUAUUAAGACGUUUACACUUGAAUCCUGAUUUUAUGGAUACAUGGUGGGGUAGUGAAUUAGAGUAUGAAUUCUAUGCAGCUUUGAAUGAAUUGAAUGCAAAAUCAGAUCAAAAACAAACAACAACAACAACCCAUACUAGUUUAAAAGAUUAUUAUGAUAGUACUCUUAAUGAAGGUAAUGAUGAUGAUGAGGAGGAUGAUGAUGAUGAUGAUGACGAAGAAGCUGAUAAUUUAACAAUAGAUCCACUUGGUAAUUGUAGACUGAAAAUGUUUGAAUCUGAUCGUCAAUGGACAUACAGUGAUAGUUAUGCCUGGCGGCUUAUACGCUUAGGUUUAAUGCAAAUAGCUAAACGAGAAUUGAAUAGACUUAUACAGAUAAUUGAUUUCAAUGGAGAAGAUUUAGCUGUUCAUGCACCAGAGUUAACUUCACCGUUAACAAUUAAUCCAAUUCAAUUAAAAUUAAAAAUUAAUAAUUUUAUUGAUGAACAACUUAUACCACCGAUAAAUUUUUUACCGGAUAUUAAUGAAGAUAUAAAUUCUACUAUUAAACUUAAUCAUAUUGGUAAUAAUGAAACAAUUAGUAAUGAUUUACCAUCAUUACCUGCAACACGUUCAAUGUUACGUUUGAAAAAAUUGAUAAAUAUUAAAAAUACACCAUUUCAGACACGUGAUCCAUUCUCUUUGCCUGUAAAACGUUUAUGGUGCUAUUUAGUACGACAACCAGAAUUGGAUGAUAUAUUUCUACGUCAUAUAUUCCGUAAACCAUAUCUUGUACAAUCUACAGUCACAUCGAAUGUUAAAUUCUUAUCCUCCUUGUCAUCAUCAUCAUUGUUGUCAACUGCUUCGUCGACGUCUACUCGUGGCACUUCUGACCUCUUAAACACGAUACCUACUGUAACCAAGUCUAUAUCAUCAUCGAAUUUGAAAAGUAUUUCUACUAUUUCUACUGUUAAUACUACUAAUGCGAAUAGUAGUAGUAGUAGCAGUACAUUGGUCGAUAUUCAAAAGUCAUCUGGUAAACAAACACGCACACAACAACUACAACAACAGGCUCAUACUACUUCAGGAUCUCUGCUACUCGAUGAAGCCGUUCGCCUUAUUCAUAAAGAACAUGAUCCACUUAUUGCUAUGUGCAUCAAUCAGGUGAAUUUCAAUGCAAUUGCUAUAGCUACACCAAAAGAGAUUAUUGAAUUAGAUAUUGAAAAUCUAGUCAAUUUACCAUCAUGGUAUGCUGAUGAAAUUGAAUAUGAUCUAGAGUUAAUGCGUCGACCUCAAGCACGUCGAUAUCCUGAGGGUGGGACAGAUGAUUUCAUUGUAUGUGAUACAAAUAUUGGUACAACAAAAUCUGGUGCUACUGAUUAUCAGUCAGAAAUGACUGGAGUAUCCAACUCUCUAGCAUCUUCAGCAGCUGCAUCGAUGUCUUCCACUGGUGAUAGCAGUUCUGCUAGUUCAGGUGGACAUGUGAUAUUGAAACGAACUUUACCGGCCGUUUACAGUUUGGCAUCACAUCCAACAUUACCCUACUAUUUAUGUGGAACUGGUACUGGUUCAGUGCAUAUGUUUGAAUGGUCAACUCCUGUACCAAUUGUUGCUGGAUUUACAAACACUUAUAGUUUAACUGUAAUUGGAAUAUCUAGUCAAUUUCCAGCUGGUUCUAGAGGUGCUCGUGUCACUGCACUACAAUUUGAUGAUAGUGGAUAUCGUUUUGGUUGUGGUGAUGCAGAAGGCAAUUUCGGUUUAUGGAAUUUAUAUUCAACUAUGCCAGGAAAACUGCCAUACUUUCGUUGUCGGUGUCAUGCAAAAGGUUUAGCUGAUUUCUGUUUUCUCGGUUGUAGUAGCCUAAUAGCUACAGUCGGUAACGGUGGAAUUUCUACAACAUCAUUUGGAAGCGGAACUGAGAGCAGUACUGCUGGUGGAGCAGGUCACUAUACUUCAUCUGGACACAGUGGCAUUUUGGGGAGUGGAAGUAGUCAUAAUAAUAGUUAUUCUAGUGGAAAUAUGAGCUUAGAACAGGAUGCAUCUCAUUUAACCCUAUGGGAUACUCUGUUACCAGUGAAUAGAUCUGGUGUUAUUCGUGUUCUCGAUCCAGAAUUGGAUGCUCCAUGCACAUCAAUAGCCUAUUGUGGUUCAUCUACACAUAUUAAUCAAUGGCCCCGCAGUACAUCAUUCCACUCUUAUAAUAAUUUGAUAAAUACAUCUAGUCUGGAUACUUCAUCAACUACAUCAAAACGACUUUUCACUGGAGAUAGAACUGUAAUUGUUGGCACUAAAAUUGGUGAUAUCUGUAUUGUUGACUUGAGAAAUCCUAAGGUACUAAACAAGUUCCCAGCUCAUGAAUCAGCUGUUAGAACGUUGUGUAUUGAUUCUGUGACAGAUUGUUUAGUGACUGGAGGAGCUGAUGGUAUUGUUAAGAUAUGGAGAUUGUCUGAACAAGAGUUGAUGACCAGUUUCUGUGGUGAUGUACACCCGAGUCGAGGUGCAGCAGCCGUAGCUGCUGCUGCUUUGUUUCGAGGUAAUCAAUCAGCUGCUAUUAUUGCAGCUACAAAUCCAGGUAUUUCAGAUAUUCAUCUAUUACCGACUGUUAUUGGUGCAUCACUUCUACAUUCAAAUAAUCAUUCAAAGAAUAUUAAUAAUCUUUCAAUAACAGAUUAUGAUUCAUUGAUACAACUAAAUUCGUCUACAUCUUUCUUACAAUCUUUUGAUCAAUAUCAGAAACAGUCUAUUACUGCUGCAUCUACAGCUUGUCGAUUUUUAAGUUGUGGCGCUGAUGGUGGUCUACGUAUGCGUUCAUUAAUUGUUCGACCGAAGCCUUUUAUAGUUUAUUAA